AUGAGAAGCAUGACGUAUCUUCCUAAAAUAGAUGUUCCAAUACAGAAGAAGAUACCGGAACCGAUUCGGAUUGUUAAUGAUGAGCAAACGGAAAAGACAUCCGCUUUGGCUGAUACUGGAGGCCGUGAGACCGAGAAUCUUUCCGAACAUCAUGAUGAGAAUUUGCAGGUGAAAGCGCCACCUCCUUCAUUUCCUACGAUAUUUUCGCCAACAGAACCUAAAGUGAUGGAAUUUCCAGAACCAGUAAGGGAGCCCGAGCCAGUGAAAUUACCCCCUCCAAAAGCCAAGGUGGAGCUUCCGCAGUCUCUGCUGAACAUCUAA